GGCGGAGGCAUUACAUACACUGAUUUCUUCAAAAGUAUCUUUAACAGGCAUCUGCAGUUGUUCAAGACGAGGUUUCUCAACACAGCACAAUGAGCAGUCGAAAGGAUGAUAUUAUUCAACUAUGUUGUGAGAUUUCAGCAAAUAAAAAGAUAAAAGCAGCAGUUAAGAACUCUGGGAAAGGAGCUGCAGCGGCCGGUGGUGGUGCUUUUGUUGGGGGACUGGUUGGAGGACCAGCUGGUAUAGCUGUUGGUGGUGCUUUGGGAGGUGCUCUGGGAAGUUGGAUGACAAGUGGCCUAUUUAAACCUCUUCCAGAGAUUAUCAUGUCACUGCCUUCUAUACAGCAGGAGAAACUCUACUCUGAUGUGAUGGCAGCGUUGGGGACAGUGGACUGGAUUGAUGUUGCGAGCCUCACUGCUCUGGUUAUAGGGAAUGCCACUCUUCAAGAGAGAGUGCUUGGUGCUAUAGUCACUUAUGCCACAAAAGAGCUUAAGGCUGAAGUGCAGUAUGGGGUUUGAACACAAGAGGGAGUUAGCAACUCAUUUACUGUCGACUUGUAUGUUUUGAGCUGCUUUGCCGCUAGAGUUUUUUUCUAUUGGGGCGCAUCUUACAUUUACAUUUAUUCAUUUAACAGACGCUUUUAGCCGAAAUCCCUUACAAACGAGAGAGCAUUUAACGUUUUGUCCAACAAUAGGUGUAGUCUUUUAAGCUAUUUUCUCUACUUAUGUUUUCUUAUUUUCAAUUAUCAAUAACUGGUUAAAUAUCUGGCUUAACUACGGGUUGGGGGCGGGGUUGAAUUCAUGCUUUUUUUAUUAGGCAUCGCAUUUAAGAUGUUAACCAUUUGACGGUCGAGCUUGAAAGUUCAACCUCCGUUUUAAAUGUUCAUUUAGAAAUAUGUGUGUGUGUUGUUGGAAAAUGUAUAAAACACAAUAAAGCAUUAAAAUGUG